AUGGCAGCGGUUGAUGUUUUCUUUCCAAACUCUCGACUUGACUCGUUUUUUCUCCACUUUACUCUACACUUAUUUUUACCAUCAUACAUACAGGUUGAACUAAAAAGGGCCAGUUUGUUUACAUCAUGCCAUACUUUUUCUCUCCUUUUUUUAUUUGUUUUUUUUUUUCUCAUUUUUUUUCUUUUUCUCAUUUUUUCUUUUUCUCAUUUUUUUCUUUUUCUCAUUUUUUUCUUUUUCUCAUUUUUUUCUUUUUCUCAUUUUUUUCUUUUUCUCAUUUUUUUCUUUUUCUCAUUUUUUUCUUUUUUCUUUGUUUUUGUUUAUUUUCUUUCAUUGUUUUUGUCUCCUUUUUUUUUUUUCUCUCUUUACUUUUUUCUUCUCUCUUUACUUUUUUUUUCUCUCCUUGUUUUUUUGUUUAUUCUCUCUUUAUUUAUUUUUUCUUUCUAUCAUUCCCCCCUCCUCUGGCGUUUUCCAGUAGUAGGUAUAUUGUUGCACAUUAUCUGGCACAUAGCUAUCACUAGCAAGAGACUAAGGGAAGCUUGUGCCAAUUUAUUGGAGGAACGAGGACUUGUCACUCAGAUUUGGCAAAAGGAGGUUCUUGAAGGCAGUAAUAAAUGCCACUGGAAAGUUGCUUACAAGAAAUGGAAUUUUAGUCCUGCGUUCACUCCUGUAAAAUUUUGGGGUUUCAAUGGUCACAAUCCACUUUCUGAACACCUGAAAGUGUGCCCUUUUAACCAGGAUCCCGCAAGGCACAGUCAACCAUUUCACUUGCCCAGUGACAGUAAAGCCGCAACACGUUUGUCUCAUCAGCAUUCGCCCAAGCACAAUCCUGACGAGCAACAAGAACACCCACAGCAGCCGCAUCCAUUCUAUGCUCAGUUUGAUGAUGUUCCUGAAUUGAAUUUACAAGUUUGA